GAUCCGGCACUCAAUGUUGAAACAGAAAUAGAAAUUUUGAAGAAACUAAAUCAUCCUUGUAUCAUCAAGAUUAAAGACUUUUUUGAUGCCGAAGAUUAUUAUAUUGUUUUGGAAUUGAUGGAAGGAGGAGAGCUGUUCGACAGGGUGGUGGGGCAUAAACGCCUGAAAGAAGCCACAUGCAAGCUCUAUUUUUACCAGAUGCUCCUGGCCGUGCAGUACCUUCAUGAAAAUGGCAUUAUACAUCGGGACUUAAAGCCAGAGAAUGUUCUACUGUCAUCUCCAAAGGAGGACUGCCUUAUAAAGAUUACUGAUUUUGGGCAGUCCAAGAUUUUGGGGGAGACGUCUCUGAUGAGAACCUUAUGUGGUACCCCCACCUAUCUGGCUCCGGAGGUUCUCAAUUCCUUUGGAACUGCUGGAUAUAACCGUGCUGUGGACUGCUGGAGUUUAGGAGUUAUUCUUUUCAUUUGCCUUAGUGGGUAUCCACCUUUCUCUGAGCAUAAGACUCAAGUGUCAUUGAAGGAUCAGAUCACCAGUGGAAAAUACAACUUCAUUCCUGAAGUCUGGGCAGAGGUCUCAGAGAAGGCUCUGGAUCUUGUCAAGAAGUUGUUGAUAGUGGAUCCAAAGGCGCGUUUUACGACAGAAGAGGCUUUAAGACACCCGUGGCUUCAGGACGAGGACAUGAAGAGAAAAUUUAACAACUUGCUUUCUGAAGAAGAUAAGUUGAUGGCUCUGCCCCAGGUCUCUGCCCAGCCUUCCACAAGUCGAAAGAGGCUUCUUGAAGGGGAAGCAGAGAAUGCCGACCCCACGAAGCGCCUGGCUGUGUGCGCGGCUGUCUCGUGAACACUGGUGGACCACGAAAG